AUGCCCGUUCAACGGGGAAGAAAAAACAGCGCUGUUUGUAAGCUCCGAGGCAAGGCAAAGGGACCGGCGAACCAGGAAGAUGACGCGCAUGUUGUCAAGCGAGCCCCUUCUUCUCCGCAAGGGGCUCCCAAGAAAAGAUCUGCCUUUGUUGAUCUAACAAAUGCCAAAAACGCCGAACUUGGAGCCCAAGCCAAGAAUGAGACAGCUGUCAAAAAGUCACAGAAGAGCAAAGUGGCGAUCAAAAGUGAUGCCAAGCUGAAAGACUGUUCGGAGGUGUUGUCAUUUGAGAUACCACCUAAACAGGUGGAGGCGAAGGUCACCGAACCCCUGACGGAGGUCAAAGCGCACCCGUCGGAGGUGGUGGAGGAAGAAGAGCCCCAGUUGGGGUCUUCUCCGUGCCACGGAGACCAGCAGGGCCGGGUACCUGAGGAGUUUGACAUCGAUAAGGAGCAGGCGGGAGACUGCUGCAUGACACCUGAGUAUGCCAAAGACAUCUUCGAUUACCUGAAGGACAGAGAGGAGAAGUUUAUCCUGACGGAUUACAUGAGCAAUCAGCCUGAUCUGAAUAAAGACAUGAGGGGCAUUCUGGUUGACUGGAUGGUUGAGGUCCAGGAGAACUUUGAGCUGAACCAUGAGACGUUGUACCUGGCGGUGAAGCUGACUGAUCACUACCUGUCCACCACUGUGGCCAUGAGAGAAUCUCUGCAGCUCAUUGGCUCUGCCUCCAUGCUCAUCGCAGCCAAGUUUGAGGAAAGGUGUCCUCCCUGCCUAGACGAUUUCCUCUACAUCUGCGACGACGCCUACAAGAGGCACGAGUUCAUCGCCAUGGAGAGGAACGUUCUGCAGGGGCUCAACUUCGACAUCAACAUUCCCAUUCCGUACCGCUUCCUCCGACGCUACGCCAGGGUGGCACGUGCCAACAUGGAGACGCUGACCCUGGCACGGUACGUGUGUGAGCUGAGUCUGCUGGAGCUGGAGCUGGUACCAGAGAGGGCAUCACGCCUGGCAUCAGCCUGUCUGUUCCUCGCCCUCGUCACCAAGGGCCUCGGAGGAUGGACCGCCAUCCUGGAGUACCACAGCGGGUACACGUCGAGGGAUCUCGGCCCUCUGGUGCGAAGGCUGCGUUCUAUGCUGGAGCAGCCUGCGGAUGACAAACUGAGAGCCGUCAACAGCAAAUACUCCCACAAAGUUUUCUUUGAAGUCGCUAAAAUCCCUCUGGUGGACGCUAAGACAUUGGAGGAAGCACUUACAGGUCAAGAGAAUGCUAAGUGA